AUGCGUAAAAAUCUUCGCGCCGGUAGACUGCGUCUGCUCCCGGCUAUUACGCCUAGAGUACAGACGUGCGCACUCGACGGAUUUUCGUUUUCACCGCACGCAUCGAGCAGAGACGUUGCAUUAAGUUUUUUCCAAGAACUUGAUGAUAAUCAAGAUCAGAUCAGUCUAGAUAUUCAGCAGGCCUUUGGUGAUGAUGCCAUGGAUAAAACUCAUAUCAUGGAGUGGUACAACCGUUUCAAACAUGGCCACACCUCAGUGGAGAGCGAGGCGCUCUCAGAAGCCAUCCGCAAGCCGAAACUAGGCAGGAGCCGAUUGGAGAAGGAUCGGCGAAUAUUCACGAAAGGCCUCCGUGUAGCAAUCCAAGAAAUUGCUCACAAAAUGGGAAUAAGCACAAGAUCAAUGCAUUGCAUUUUAACGAAGGAUUUGUGCAUGCGGAGAGUAUCGGCGAAAUUGAUCCGCAAGGUCCUGGCGGAGCAGCAGAAGUAA